AUCAGCUGUAAACCGUUGUGGCAUCAGAACCUGCCUUCGUUCCAUCUGCGGCAAGAUCAGGACACACACGUUCCAGAGCAGUUCAUGGUAAAGAAUGAACUGACACCAGAAAUAUUACUAUUAUAUUCGCCAUGGAAUAGAUACAGAGCAUGUAGCCCCAAUGGACGACUCGUGGCUGGAAAAUGUCUUAGCUCUAGUACCCAAACAUUUGAAAGUACUCAGUGAAAGUAUCUACACACUCUCAGAUGAAAUGAGGGAGGACUAUCUUCUUAGUGUAAAGAAGGCAAUAGUUGACUUUGUUUUAAGAGAUCCCAGGGAAAAGGAGGAAGCCAAGAAGCAAGUUCUUCCACCUCAUCGUCAAGAAAUGGAAGUAGUGCCAAAAGCUUGGAAUAAGUCCUAUAUUGCAGCUCGCAAUCACAUAAAAGAAAAUUUGUAUGCAGUGAAUCCCACAAUGAUGGCCGUUCUAGAUCUCUGGCAAACAACUGGUAUAAAAGGAAUUCUAUUAUUUUGAAAGCCUGAAAGCAAAUCCAAAUCGCUGAAUUUGAAGCCCGUCAUCCCCGAUGAAAUUCUGGAUGCACAUAAGCAGAAAAUUAAGGAUCAGAUUGCCAAGGAGAGUGCGGCACCAAUCGAACAUCUCAAAUUGUACGAUAAAUACCACGAUUUGAUAAUCAAACAAGCAGAGCGGGAUAUUGAUCAGUUCCUCUCAGAGGACCACACAUUUGAAGAAACAACAGCCGAAGUGGCCAGGUAUCAAAGCAUUCGUGAUGACAUUCAGUACAACUCCAGAAAGGUAGUGUAUUCAAUGAAUGGCAAGUACCUCUUUAUUUCAUGUCACUUGAUACUAUAUGUAGUACAACAGAUCAUUAAAGAAAAAACUGAACAGUUUCAAGAAGGACUUAAAAUGCGCUGUGAAAGAUUUGUGGAGGAACUGGAGAGUUAUGCUAAGCAAGUUGAAGAAUUUUAUUCUUAUGGUGACAUUCAGGAGGUCAAUAGAUAUUUGAAAAAAGCCCAGGCUCUGAAUACCAAGUUAGAUGCAGCUGCUGAUAAGAUUGAUCAGUUUAAUGCGGAAGAGGAGGCCUACGGAUGGCUGACAUCUCAGUACCCUCAGCGGAAAAAAAUUCAAGAUACUUUGAAGCCGUACCUUCAGCUUUAUGAAAUGACAGUGGACUUCAAUACCAAAUAUAGGAACUGGAUGGAUGGAAUAUUCACUAAAGUGAAUCCAGACCAAGUUGAUCAAGACACGGGAAACACCUGGCGAGCACUGUAUAAGUUAGAAAGAACCUUCCAUGACUCUCCAAAUGCUUUAUUUCUAACAACAAGGAUCAAGACAAAGGUGGAAGAAUUUAAGGAACACAUUCCAUUGAUUCAAGUAAUCUGCAAUCCUGGUUUGCAAGAUCGGCAUUGGGAGGCCAUGUCAAAUAUAGUCGGGUACCCUCUGAAACCUUCUGAAGAUUCAACUGUCUCUUCUUACAUCGAUAUGCAUCUCGAGCAAUAUUUAGAAAAAUUUGAAACCAUUAGUGAAACAGCCAGCAAAGAACAUUCCCUUGAGAAGGCCAUGGUGAAAAUGAUUUCAGAAUGGGACGGCAUGGAAUUUAUUCUCCUUCCUUACAGAGAAACGGGGACUUAUAUUUUAUCGGCUGUAGAUGACAUUCAAAUGUUGCUAGAUGACCACAUAGUCAAAACGCAGACCAUGAGAGGAUCUCCUUUCAUCAAACCGUAUGAGAAAAAAAUGAGGACAAACAUGUUCUUACAGUAGUGAUGAUAGAAAAGAUGCUGGAACGACUGAAGAAAUGCAAUGAGCUAUUAGAAUUAAUUCUGAAGGGACUAAAUGAGUAUCUAGAAAAGAAACGUCUGUUCUUCCCUAGAUUCUUCUUCCUAUCCAAUGAUGAACUCCUUGAGAUUCUCUCAGAGACUAAAGAUCCUACAAGAGUAAAGCCUCACUUGAAAAAGUGUUUUGAAGGAAUUGCUAGCGUUGAGUUUACCGAAGUCCUGGAUAUUACCCACAUGAAAAGCAGUGAAGGGGAAGUUGUGGAACUUAUCAACACAAUAUCAACAGCUAAAGCGCGAGGCCAAGUGGAAAAGUGGUUAGUUGAAUUGGAAACAGCUAUGAUAAACUCCAUCCACAAGGCCCUUGAGGAUUACCUGACCCAGUGCAAUGGGCAAAUCGAUGGCAUUGUGUCCUUGGUGCGAGGGAAGUUGUCAAAACAGAAUCGAGUGACCCUUGGAGCACUUGUGGUCCUGGAUGUUCACGCUAGGGAUGUGCUUGUAUCUCUUGUAGACAAGCGUGUCAGUGAUGACAGCGACUUUGAAUGGCUAAGCCAGCUGAGAUACUAUUGGCAGGAAGGGCAUCUAGAAACAAAGAUGAUAAAUGCUGCCUUACGGUAUGGAUAUGAAUAUCUUGGCAAUACUCCAAGAUUGGUUAUUACUCCACUUACAGAUAGAUGCUACAGGCCUUGUUUCGGACUGUUGCUAUGAUGGUACCUGAUUAUGCCAUGAUUGCUGAAAUUGUCCUGUAUUCCUGUGGAUUUGUGACGGCACGGCCACUCUCUGUGAAAAUUGUGGCUACCUAUCGCUUGUGUUCAGAGCAGUUGUCUUCACAGCACCACUACGAUUAUGGGAUGAGAGCAGUAAAAUCAGUGCUCACGGCAGCUGGUAAUCUGAAGCUGAAAUAUCCAGAUGAAAAUGAAGAUAUUUUGCUGCUUAGAUCCAUUAUAGAUGUCAAUUUGCCUAAGUUCUUAUCCCACGAUCUCCCACUUUUUGAGGGCAUCACUUCAGAUUUGUUUCCUGGUGUGAAGUUGCCGAAGCCAGAUUAUAAUGACAUCCUAGAAGCGAUCAAGACAAACUGUGAUGAAAUGGACUUGCAAAUGACUAAAUUCUUUGCAGAGAAAAUCUUACAGAUAUUUGAAAUGAUGAUUGUGCGUCAUGGCUUUAUGAUAGUUGGAGAACCCUUUGGCGGAAAGACCUCUGCCUAUCGUGUUUUGGCAGGUGCCUUGGGUGACCUGUGUGAAAAAACACCAGACAGGAAAUGGCUUAUUUUUGAUGGACCGGUGGAUGCUGUAUGGAUUGAGAAUAUGAAUACUGUGCUAGACGAUAACAAGAAACUCUGUUUGAUGAGUGGCGAGAUCAUCCAGAUGUCACAGCAAAUGAGCCUCAUUUUUGAACCAAUGGAUUUAGAAGUUGCGUCUCCUGCUACUGUUUCUAGAUGUGGAAUGGUCUACAUGGAGCCUCAUAUGCUGGGAUGGAAACCUUUGAUGUUGUCUUGGUUACAUCUAAUGCCACCUACAGUCACCACUUUGCAUAAAGAAUUUAUAACAGGGUUAUUCGAUAGAAUUGUCCCACUUUCUGUUGAAUUUGUUAGAAAAUGUACAAAGGAACUUUCACCAACAUCAGACACAAACCUGGUUCGGUCUUUAAUGAAUCUCAUGGACUGCAUGAUGGAUGAGUUUCACAAUGAAGCAAAACUUAAAACUGUUACUGACCGUGAAAUAUUUUCAUGGCUUGAGAGCACUUUUGUGUUUGCCCUCACAUGGUCUGUUGGAGCCAGCUGUAAAGAAGAAGAUCGAUUGAAGUUUGACAAGAUUGUGCGUGAACUGCUUCAAGGACCGAUGACUGAUGAGACAAGAGAAAAGUAUAAAUUGUUGAGUGGGGUUGAGCAUUUCCGGGCAAAAAUCUUAACUGUUCCCUAUCCAGAAGAUGGAACAAUUUAUGAAUAUCGAUUCAUCAAAGAUGUGGAGGUCGAAAUGCGAUCACUCCCCGAUACCUGCGACACUUCAACACAAUUACCAUUAAUGAGUUUGAUGAUGUUUCGAUGUAUACAAUUUUCUCCCGAAUAUUAGAUUGGCAUCUUACUAUAUGUUACAAUUUCCCUUCGGAAUAUGUUCAACUGACUGCACAAAUUGUUAAUAGCACAUUGACCGUAUACAAAGACGCUAUGGUGAACCUGCUCCCUACACCCACCAAAUCACACUAUUUGUUCAAUUUGCGAGAUUUCUCUCGGGUCAUUCAAGGGGUUUGUCUCUCACGACCUGAAACAACCGCUUCUACAGGAACCAUAAAACGCCUUUGGGUUCAUGAGGUCCUUAGAGUAUAUUAUGAUCGCUUGGUAGAUAAAGCAGAUCAAUCGUGGCUGGUUGAAUGUAUCCGUGAAGUAGUAGCCAAGCAUUUGGAAGAAGAUUUUAAUGAACUUUUCCAAAAUCUGGAUUUCAAUUAUGACGGUAGGGUAGAAGAGGAUGAUUUGCGAAGCUUGAUGUUCUGUGAUUUUCAUGAUCCUAGAAGGGAGGAUACAAAUUAUAGGGAAGUCUUGGAUGUGGAUGAACUGAGAGUUGUUGUCGAGGGCCAUCUAGAAGAAUAUAAUAAUAUGAGCAAAAAGCCAAUGCAGCUGGUUUUAUUUCGAUUUGCUAUAGAGCAUGUUUGUAGAAUUUCACGCAUUUUGAAACAGCCCCGUAGCCAUGCCCUUCUGGUUGGUGUUGGCGGAAGUGGCAGGCAGUCCCUAACCCGUUUAGCAGCAUAUAUGUCUGACUACACGCCAUUCCAGGUUGAAAUCUCAAAGAGUUAUGGGACCAAUGAAUGGCAUGAGGACCUAAAAGCCAUUCUAAGGAGAUCUACUGAAGGUGAGAUACAAGGCGUUUUCUUAUUCACUGACACCCAAAUAAAAAGGGAGUCCUUUCUAGAAGACAUAAACAACUUGUUAAAUGCUGGAGAAGUGCCAAACCUCUUUGCAGUUGACGAGAAACAAGAAAUCUGUGAAAAGAUGCGCUCCAUUGAUCGCCAGCGGGAUAGAUCCAAGCAGACUGACGGUAGCCCCAUUGCUCUUUUCAACAUGUUCAUUGAUCGUUGCCGGGAUCAGCUCCAUGUCGUCUUGGCUAUGAGUCCCAUUGGGGAUGCCUUCCGAAAUCGUCUCCGGAAGUUUCCAGCUCUUGUUAAUUGUUGCACUAUUGAUUGGUUUCAGGAUAUCACUGUUGUCAAGUCCAUGAAAAGCCCCCCCGCUGGUGUGAAACUUGUUAUGGAAGCCAUUUGCAUCCUGAAAGGGAUUAAGGCGGAUAAAAUUCCAGAUCCAACAGGCACUGGAAAAAAGAUGGAAGAUUUCUGGGGCCCAGCUAAGAAACUCCUUGGGGACAUGAGAUUUCUGCAAUCACUUCAUGAGUAUGACAAGGACAACAUACCUCCAGCUUACAUGAAUAUCAUUAGAAAACAGUACAUCACUAAUCCGGAGUUUGUCCCUGAAAAAGUUCGGAAUGCUUCCACAGCUGCUGAAGGCCUGUGCAAGUGGGUCAUAGCCAUGGACUCCUACGAUAAGUUGACCUGUGUAGCAAAAAGCUAGACCGAGCAGAAAAAUUACUUGGUGGCCUUGGGGGUGAGAAAACCCGUUGGAGCCAGGCAGCUUUGCAACUGGGAAAACAAUACGUCAAUUUGACAGGCGAUAUCCUCAUCUCAUCUGGCAUUGUGGCUUACCUGGGAGCCUUCACAUCGCACUACCGACAAAAUCAAGCCCGAGACUGGAUAUUGACAUGCAAAGCCAGAGGCAUUCCCUGCUCAGAUGAUUUUUCCCUGACUACAACUUUAGGAGAAGCCGUGAAAAUCAGAGCUUGGAAUAUAGCUGGGUUGCCUUCCGAUUUAUUUUCCAUUGAUAACGGUAUUAUUAUCUCAAAUGCAAGAAGAUGGCCACUUAUGAUUGACCCUCAAGGUCAAGCAAACAAAUGGGUGAAAAAUAUGGAAAAAGCCAACAGCUUGCAUGUCAUAAAGCUCACGGACAGUGAAUUUGUACGGACACUAGAAAACUGUGUUCAGUUUGGUACACCUGUGCUGCUAGAAAACGUUGGCGAAGAGUUGGACCCCAUUCUGGAGCCUCUCCUGCUUAAGCAGACUUUCAAGCAAGGUGGCAGCAUCUGCAUCCGCCUUGGGGAUUCUACCAUUGAAUAUGCUCCCGACUUCCGCUUUUAUGUUACAACCAAGCUGCGAAACCCCCACUACCUCCCGGAGACCUCCGUCAAAGUGAGCAUUUUGCCUGGGAACCUCAGGCGGUUGACUUUGGUUUCAUAA